AUGGUAACCAUUUACAAACUGUUGUGUUUUCUUUCUCUUUUGUUCGUUUCGGGGUAUGCAGACGAAUUUCUCAAUGUCCCCAUUGGAUUAACUAAUUUUAAUGGCCAAUGGGAGUUGGUAUCUGAAAACUCCGGUGUCUCAGCCAUGCAUGCAAUCUUGCUUCCAAAACUAAACAAAGUUUUGAUGUAUGAUGCCACUGUUUGGAGGACAUCAAAGAUUCCAUUGCCUCCUGAAAAGAUGCCUUGUCGUAUUGCGAACGAGGAGACUGGUGAACUAGACUGUUGGUGUCAUUCAGUCUUAUAUGAUUAUGAAACAGCAAAAUUGACAGCUCUCAAGAUUGAGCACGACACAUGGUGCUCAUCAGGAGGCCUCACAGUGGACGGAAACUUGGUUGGCACUGGAGGUAAUGGAAAAGGAGCCAACACUGUUAGAUACCUCUCCACAUGCGAAAAAUGUGACUGGAGAGAAUACCCAGCAUCACUUGCAGAUCCUCGAUGGUAUUCAACACAAGUAACCUUACCUAAUGGUGGAUUCAUGGUGUUUGGUGGGCGUGGUGCCUUGAGUUACGAAUACAUUCCAACAGAAGGACAAACCAAUAAGAACCCCACCUUCUUCCCUUUGCUUCAACAAACUCGGGAUCUGCUCAAUGCUCAAACACCUUUUGUGAUAGAGAAUAACUUAUACCCUUUUGUCCACCUCUCCCCCGAUGGCAAUCUCUUCAUUUUCUCGAACAACCGAUCAAUCUUGCUCGACCCUAAAAUUAACACAGUUGUCCGUGAGUUCCCAGUUCUCCCUGGUGGCUCCCGCAAUUACCCUGCAUCGGGAAUGUCUGUUCUCCUCCCUUUAAGACUCAAACUUGGCUCGCUUAAGAAGACCAACGCUGAAGUCUUGGUUUGCGGUGGCGCACCUUGGGAUUCAUUUUAUUACGCUGAGACUCAAAAGAAAUUCUUGCCUGCAUUACAAGAUUGCGGAAGAAUACAAAUCAACGAGCCCAAUUCAGUUUGGAAGAUAGAAAAGAUGCCAUCACCUCGUGUAAUGGGGGAUAUGAUGAUUCUUCCAAACGCAGAUGUACUAAUGCUUAAUGGUGCAAAAACAGGUACUUCAGCAUGGAAUGAUGCAGAGGACCCUAAUUUCGCCCCUGUUUUAUACAUGCCUAAAGGACUAAGUGGCCAAAGGUUCAAGGAGUUAGCCCCUUCAACCAUUCCGAGAAUGUACCAUUCAUCAGCCGUGAUGCUACCAGACGGAAAAGUUCUUGUAGCAGGCAGCAAUACUCAUGAUGGAUACGACUUUAAUGCCAAGUAUCCCACGGAGCUUAGGGUUGAGAAAUUUUCCCCACCUUACUUGGAUCCAUCGUUGGCUGGACUAAGACAACAGAUAGUGGAUGAGUUGUUAGACAAGGUGAUAAGCUAUGACAAACAGUUGUCGGUGAAGGUUAGGUCAAAUGAGCCCAUACUUAAUAAGAAUGAAGUAAAAGUUACAAUGUACGCACCAGCUUUCACAACGCAUGGUAUCUCAAUGAAUCAAAGGCUCCUUAUAUUAGGUUUGGUGGAUGUGGAUAGCAACGCUUGGAUUCAGUCAAGAGUUCACAACCUUAUAGUUAAAGCACCUAGGUCGGGUGAAGUAGCUCCCCCUGGGUAUUAUCUUCUCUCCGUCGUUUACAAAGGAGUUCCAAGCUCUUCCAUAUGGGUUCAAAUCAAGUAG